AUGGAUUGCAGGCCAAGUUUCUCAUGGAUUAUGAACAGAAUCCUCAAGAAAAGAGAUGAGUAUAAUCAGGUGAUAGUUGGUCUGCAAGAUGACAAAUUCAAAUCAAAGGAAGCAUAUCUGGCCAUUAAAAAUGUUGAGCCUACUGUACCAUGGUGCAAAUUGACGUGGAAUAACCUUGCAAGGCCUCGUGCCCAGUUCACUCUUUGGUUAGCAUGCCAUGAUAGAUUAGCGACGAAGGAGCGAUUACAUAGAUUUCACUUGAUUGAUAGCCCCAUUUGUGCUUUCUAUAAUACUGUUGAGACCUCGCAUCACCUUUUCUUUGAAUGUCCAAGUACUGGACUCAUGUGCUUUUUGGAUGAUUUUCUGGUGUUUCGAAAGUUGGGAUUUUGGGCAAAAGAGGUGAUUUUCGUAGCAGCAGGAAGCUGCUGA